AUGCGUCAGCAAUCUGGUCAGCCAGCUGUGCUUUCAGAUGGUUCCGUCCAGGCUCUGGUCGAGGCUAAAUGCCUUGGUCAUAUACAUGAGGAACCUAAUUCAUGCCCUCGAGUCACUGAAACCUCCACGACGGAGUAUCACCAGGGGAAACCCGCCGGGCAUGUAGUUGCCGAUACAAAGAUAGGCCAGCAAGAUCAAGAUCUCCCAUCAUAUCUCGGUCUUGAUGGAUGGCGUUUGUUAGCGAGAAUUGGACAGGGUGCUUUUAGCACUGUUUACCGUGCUCAUGGCGUUGACUCUAAUGCCGAUCGUGGAGAAGUCGCUGUUAAAGUUAUGAGGAAAUUUGAAAUGAAUCAGCAACAGCUGUCCAAUUUGCAAAAAGAAAUUGAUAUCAUGCGUCGAUUAGACCAGAAAAACACGACCCGGUUGAUUGAUGCUUUCGAGUCCCGACAAUAUUGCUAUAUAAUCAUGGAACUCUGUUCUGGUGGCGAGCUGUUUGCGCAAAUUGUGAAAUUGACGUAUCUCAGCGAGGCACUGAGCAGACACGUAAUAACCCAGGUAGCAGAGGCUGUCAAGUACCUCCAUCUGGUGUUAGGCGUGGUCCAUCGUCGGGAUGCAGGGCCUUGCAUCUCCUCGGAGACAAAGAAGAUUAUGCUAACUAUUCUUAGUGAUAUCAAGCCGGAGAAUAUCCUAUUCGAUGCUAUUCCUCUCGUACCGAGUAAAUUUUCAAAGCCAAGUUUACCUGGGGAAGAAGAUAAACUCGACGAGGGCGACUUUAUACCUGGGGUUGGUUUUGGUGGAAUUGGACAUGUCAAGCUGGCAGAUUACGGCUUAUCGAGAAUCAUUGAUGGUAAUUGGGCCACGACCCCGUGUGGAACUCUUGGGUAUGCUGCGCCAGAAACUAUGUGCAAUGAUAGAUACUCUACGGGAGUUGACAUGUGGGCCCUUGGAUGUGUUUUAUACGCAAUGCUUGUUGGAUACCCGCCAUUCUACGAUCCGGAUAUGCGUACGAUGAUCCAAAAGGUCUCGAAUGGGAACUUUGAAUUCCAAAGCCCUUGGUGGGAUAACAUCUCGAGUGACGCGAAAGAUCUGAUUCUAAAUCUACUCACUGUUGACCCUGGAAAGAGACUCGAUAUCGAAGAGUUUCUGUCUCACCCAUGGAUCAAGAAUGAAUCAAGUUAUCACCGCGAAGGUGUCAAGGCACAGAUCGAGCAUUCUGAUGUUGCCGAUAUAUCAUCUACCACGAUACAAGCUGAGAGUCAAACACCAGGUCCUCUAGCUGAAUCCCGCAUCGAAGCACGAACUCCCGAUGCGAUGAACGUACGGGAGAUCUUCGGUGUUGCUUUCUCAGUCCAUCAGCAGCAAGCGGACGAUCACCAUCAUCAACCAGUACCCAAGAGGAUUGAACAACGCGCACAGGCAUUGCCAAGACCUACUUCAACUUGUGGUCUACCUCUGAAUGGAAUAGUGUCUAAAAUGAAUCGGUGCCCAAUGCAUGAGAAGGCCUUUUUGUCUGAUCACUCGAAGCACAGGCACCUUCUACAACUCAGUGAGCUUCCUUCUGGCUUGAAUAUGAGCCAAAGUGUGCUUCUCAAGAGGAGGAGGAUUCAACAAGAACAAACUCUGCAAACAGAUAUAUGA